GCCACCGCCACCGUCAGUCAAUCCCUCCGGCUUAUCGCCCCGUAAAAGCCUCCGUAUCCGGGCUGCUUGUUUGCUCAGAAAGAGCGGUCGUCGUCCGUUUUCCCUCUCCACCUUAACUCCUGCUCUCUCUUCUUCACUCUCUACCCUCUCUUUAUCUAGAGAUCUCCUCCAUUUGUCCCGUGCGUCCCUUGUAGUCGACGUUUCCUGCUUAUCCCAGCUACUCCACGAUAUUUCAACCCACCAGAACCCCACCAUGUCCACGUCUGCUCGCCGUCGUCUCAUGCGCGAUUUCAAGCGUAUGCAGACCGACCCUCCUGCUGGUGUCUCCGCAUCUCCUGUGGCUGAUAAUGUUAUGACCUGGAAUGCGGUCAUUAUUGGCCCUGCCGAUACUCCUUUCGAAGACGGCACUUUCCGACUCGUUAUGCACUUUGAAGAACAAUACCCAAACAAGCCUCCUGGUGUCAAGUUCAUCAGCCAGAUGUUUCAUCCCAAUGUCUACGGUACUGGGGAACUCUGCCUCGACAUUCUGCAGAAUCGUUGGAGUCCGACCUAUGAUGUAGCGGCUAUCUUGACUAGCAUUCAGAGUUUACUAAAUGAUCCAAAUACGUCGUCGCCGGCCAAUGUUGAAGCGUCCAAUCUCUACAAAGACAAUCGAAAGGAAUACAUCAAGCGCGUGCGCGAAACGGUUGAGAAGAGCUGGGAAGACUAAAUCUCUACCUGGAAGCGGCAACGAUAUUUGGUUUGUCCAAUCCCCUCCGGUUUCCAACUUGUUAUUUGCACGAUGUUCUAGUCCGAUUUGACCUGCCACCGACGAGUCCCAUGUCCACCUCCGCUCCGUCCUCCUGUUGCCCCAGUCAUUGCUCAACCGUGCUAGGUAACUUGUGACUGAUACUGUGGUGAUGAUGACCAAGGCUAAAUGCUGGACUCUCCUUUCCCCUUCGGCUAUGGAAUGAUAUGCACAGCGCGGAGUUAUGGCGCUCGGUAAAACUGUUAAUUUUUUUUGCUACCUUUUCCCCUCGUGAAUACUCGGAUUUAGCUCUCCAUGAAUAAUCAAAUGGUUGUUGUUUCGGUCUCCUUGUUCUAAUAUAGUACUGCCCUGUAAAUCUGUAAGUCAGGUCUGCAGCAGAACUACUAGCUUCUGGUGCUGAUGCGGCAGCCGUGGAGGCGCCAAGACGUUCGCGACACGACUGUCCCACCAUCCCUCCGUAAAUUAGACUAGGCCUCAACAAGGUUAUCGACGCGCUCUGCCUGCAUCGUGAACUUCCA